GUCUUGACCAUGAUCACUAACAUGCCAAUAGUAUCACCACCAACGCCAGCUCCUUCACCUCGUCCGAUACCCCAGUACAAUCCUUCAUCCGAAUUCUCAACUCUGUUAGGUCCCGCCUCACGUAAACAAUACCUCAUAUCAAUACUCCAUGAAUGUUCCCCAGCAGAACUACGCUUCCUCUCCCAAACAAUCACGCCCAUGCUCAAACGUGAUGUCCUGACAGAACUACCAGCAGAACUCGCACUCCAUAUCCUAUCUUAUGUUGACGACCCAUGCACUCUCGCACGCGCAAGUCAAGUCUCUAAACGCUGGCACGACCUGGUCGCGGAUGACUGGCUCUGGAAGGUCUUAUGCGAUACAUAUAGCUUCAGAGCAGAUACAGAAGACAAAUCUGCUACCAGUCUAUUCCAAGAUGACGAAUCUUUGGACGAGAUCGACAAAUUCGCUUCAAGCUCAAUAGACUCGUGGCUAACAGCACGAGAUCGACUCAAACGCCAAGAACUUACUUCCGUGUCCCACUGGGGUCCAUACUUCUCAGACAAUCUUUUACAUCCUAGAACUCAAUUUUCUCAUCAGCAAUAUUUUAGGCGUGCUUAUGGUACAAUGCUCAAUCUGAGAAAGGGCGGUAAUAUUCUCCGCGCUCACCGCAUGCCAAUCCCAACACCAGAUAGUGGUGUAGUCACAUCCGUAGCCCUUGACACAGAAUGGGUAGUCGUCGGCCUAGCAAACUCAAAGAUCCAUCUAUUCAGCGCAAUUACAGGCGUACUCAGCCGAACACUCAUGGGUCAUGAACUAGGCGUAUGGGCAGUCCAUCUCGUCUGCCGCGGGGGCCAUUGGGGUCGCGGAGACAUGGAUGAAGAUGGAUACCCAGACGACGCAGAUGAUCCAGUGGUACCCGCAGCCCUGAAAACAGCACUCGGCAUUGACAGGCGCAGGCGAAUGCGAUCCCCAGCGAGCAUCGGAGACGACUCUGCUAAGCCGAGCGAUAUUUGCUGUAUAAGCGAAGGAUGGGGCCAGCCAAACUCUAUCAUUGUCAGUGCUAGCUGCGACAAGACGCUUCGCGUUUGGGAUGCCACAUCUGGACACUGCAUUUACGUUCUUCGCGGGCAUACUGCCACUGUCAGGUGCGCCCGGGUACUACACAACCGUCCGAUCGCAGUGACAGGUUCUCGAGACUCUACUCUCCGUGUAUGGAACAUCCAAAAGGGGGUCAUGCUCCGUGUACUUCACGGCCACAGCGCGAGCGUGAGAUGUCUCGAUGUAUGUGGGAACAAGGUCGUCAGUGGUAGUUACGACACUACGUGUCGAAUAUGGGACGUCGACACAGGUGAAUGCAUACGAGUCCUCCGAGGCCACAGCCAUCAAAUAUACUCCAUUGCAAUCGAUGGCAACUUCGUCGCUUCAGGGGGCAUGGACACCGUCGUCAGAGUAUGGGAUGCAACCACAGGAAACUGUAUUGCCCAACUCACAGGCCACACUGCCCUAGUCUGCCAACUUCAACUCAGCACCUCCACCAACCUCCUCGCCACAGGCGGCUCCGAUGGCCGAGUCAUCACCUUUUCUCUUCGCUCAUUCACUGCCCUGCAACGUCUCGCUGCACAUGACAGCAGCGUCACCUCUCUCCAAUUCGAUGCCAACUUCCUCAUCACGGGCGGAAACGACGGCCGCAUACGGGUGUUUGAGACGCAGACCGGGGUUUGGGUGCGCGAUCUGAGUGAGCGGUGUGAGAGCGUGUGGAAGGUGCUUUAUAAGAAGGGAGUGUGUGCGGUUAUGUGUAAGAGGGCAGGGAAGACUGUUAUGGAGAUUUGGACUUUUAAGCCGAAGGAACGAUGAUUUAUUAUUCGAUGUAGAAAUGAUGUACGAUGGUGUAAUUGUGUGGAUCAUUACCACUAGGAAUUAAUUAUAAUAUUGGUUUCA